AUGGCGUCCUUCCCCGGUUUGUGUAAGGCUGUCGGGCCCGCGGAGGAGGAGAACGGAGAGCUGGACGGGUCCCUGCAGCAGAUGCUGAAGGCUAUCGCGGACGAGAGGAGCCGCCUGAACAGCCGACAGGAGAUCAGCGGCAUCGGCUGUUUUAAAGACGACCGCAUCGUUUUCUGGACCUGGAUGUUUUCCACGUACUUCAUGGAGAAGUGGGCGCCGCGACAGGACGACAUGCUGUUCUACGUCCGCAGGAAGCUCGCCUACGUCAGCGCCGACAACAGCGAGGGCAAGAAGGUGGAGGUCGAGGUCUACAGGAGGGACUCCAAGAAGCUUCCGGGCCUCGGCGACCCCGACAUCGACUGGGAGGAGAGCGUCUACCUGAACCUCAUCCUGCAGAAGUUGGACUACGUGGUGACGUGCGCUGUCUGCACACGCUCAGAUGCAGGAGAUAUCCACAUCCACAAGAAGAAAUGUCAGGAAGUGUUUGCGUCUCCCAGUAAACACGCCAUGGACAGCAAAGGGGAGGAGUCCAAGAUGAGCUACCCAAACAUCUUCUUCAUGAUCGACAACUUUGAGGAGGUGUUCAGCGACAUGACGGUGGGCGAGGGGGAGAUGGUGUGCGUGGAGCUGGUGGCGAGCGACAAGAGCAACACCUUCCAGGGCGUCAUUUUCCAGGGCUCGAUCCGCUACGAGGCGCUCAAGAAGGUCUACGACAACCGGGUGAGCGUCGCUGCUAAGAUGGCCCAGAGGAUGUCGUUCGGCUUCUACAAGUACAACAACAUGGAGUUUGUGAGGAUGAAGGGGCCGCAGGGCAAAGGUCACGCCGAGAUGGCAGUCAGCAGGGUGCCGACCGGCAACACCUCCCCCUGUGGCACCGAGGAGGACCAGGUGUCGCCCAUGCACGAGAGGGUGACGUCGUUCAGCACGCCUCCAACCCCGGAGAAGAACCGGCCCUCUUUCUUCUCUCCGUCUCUGAGGCGUAAGGUGCCCCGAAACCGGAUCGCCGAGAUGAAGAAGUCUCACUCUGCCAACGACAGCGAGGAGUUCUUCAGGGAGGAGGAAGACGAAGAUCUUCACACCACCACAAACCUGCGCUCGCGCUCGCUCUCGGGCACCGGGCGCUCGCUGGUCGGCUCGUGGCUCAAACUGAACCGAGCGGAGGAUUACUUCCUGCUCUACUCACACCUGACCUACGUCACCCUGCCGCUGCACCGCAUCACUACAGACAUACUGGAGGUGAGGCAGAAGCCCAUCCUGAUGACAUAGCAGAGCCGGACUCAGAGCAUCACUACGAAGUGCCUCCUGCAUCAGGCCGCCGAGACAACAGCAGCGCCCCCCGGUGUCCCGAGACCCGCAACCAAACCACCGCUUCGCCCGGAGACGCAGA